GAUUUUGUCCACUUUUCACUUCGAGGGAGGUAUUUAUUGGACGAAGCUGCUGAGACUCUUCAAAAUUUUGAAAAAAUGGAUACAUAUACAGUGGAGAGCAUUGCUCAAAGAGCGAUUGACGUAGCUGGAUUUGGUAAAUUCAACUUAAAAAUAGCAGCACUUGGAGCUUUAAUUUAUUUUAAUGUCGCGUUGAGUGUCAUGAGUACGGGAUUCGUGCUGCCGGCAGCAGCGUGUGAUUUCAAAAUGACGACGAUUGAUAAAGGAUACAUUGUGGCGGCCCCUUUAUUAGGUUCAUGCUUCGGACCACUUGUAUGGGGAUUCUUAGCUGAUUUAAAAGGACGAAGAAUGUCAUUGAUGUCAGCAUUAUUCAUGCAGGGAAAUAGUGAACUUUUAAUGUCAUUCACCCCAAAUUAUUGGUGCUUCCUAUUUUUGAAGUUUCUCAGUGGCUUCGCUUCUAUUGGGCAACUUUCCCUCCUAUUUACUUAUGUGGGGGAAUUUCAAACGACUACAUAUAGAAAAAAAAUUCUAUCAUUUAUGGAUGCUGCCCUGAUUGUAGGAAUGAUCACUGUUCCAGUUUUGGCGUGGAUAAUCGUCCCCAUGGAAUUUCAAUUUCGAAAUGAGUACCUGCUUUUCCGAUCCUGGAAUUUAUUUGUCAUGUUGUGCUCCAUACCGGCUGUUUUAAUUGCAUUUUGGUUAAUUUUCCUUCCGGAAACCCCGAAAUUUCUUGCAGAAUCUGGUCACAAUUUCGAGUUACUGAACGUACUUGGUGAUAUUUAUGUGACUAAUAACAAGCAACCCGUUGAAACAUAUUUUGAAAAAUUAGCGAAGGACGAAAAUAUAUAUGUUAGUGAUUUCGUACACACUUAUUGGAAAACAACAGCUGAUCAGCAAAAGAUAGUAAGAAAAGAAAUCACAGUGCAAAAAAUUCUACAAGAUUUCAAAAGGCAAGCUGUAGAUGUUUCGAAACCUCCAUAUGUUUCCAAGACAGUCCUAGCUUCUGUUUCAACUUUUUGCAUAACCUCAUCUCAUUAUGCAUUAUUGCUUUGGUUCCCAGAAAUUUUCCAAAGAUUUUCUCAAUUUGAGACAAAAUUUCCCAAUGAAACGACGAGCGUUUGUACUGUUUCGAAAAAACUCUAUUCGCUAAAUGCAACCCUGGCUAAUACAAAUACUGAUCUUUUUGGAUGCGAAUCAAACAUCGAUACAACUGUUUAUCUCAAUUCAUUGUGGCAGGCAAUAGCUUGUAUCCCUUUUUCGAUUUUGUUACCAAUGUUUGUUGAUCGAUUAGGAUUCAAAUUCUUCUUAGUUACUUCAACCUUGAUAGCCUUUGCUUCCACAAUCGGAUUUUUCUUCACUACCAAUUCUUUCCAAAAUUUGAUCUUGGCCUGUAUUUUUGAAGCAAUGACGUCAGUUUGUAUGAGUACAAUGUUCUGUUUCCUCGUUGUAAUUUUCCCAACGAAUGUUAGGGUCUUUGCAAGUACAGUGACUGUGAUUUUUAGUCGCCUAGGCAGUCUUGUUGGAAACACCAUAUUUAGUUACUUAAUAGACGAUUACUGUGUUCCACUAAUUUUUAUUGUUGCUUUGCAACUUUUCAUUGGGGCAGGAUUUGCGUUGGUUAUUCAAAUACGAAGGCCUAAGACGUACGUGAAUGCUUGAUGAUUUUCACAAAUAUUUUCAUUUUCACCGACCAUUAAAUUUUCCCAUUGGCGGAAGAAAGGAGCCAAUACACCAAAAAAUCGUACAAUCAUUAUUUCAUUGCAUCCUUAAAUUAUUCAUCGAACAAUAAAAAAUUAUUUAUCUUACUUUAAUUGUAGGAUUUAUUAUCGUAAGAAAAAGUAGAAUGAAAAAGGAU